UUCCUUCUCCCGCCUUCGCGUUUGCUACGCCUUCGUAGUCAGGGACUGCUACCAUGGAGGCGAAGACUUCUUCCUAUGCGCUCAACCUCCCCACGCUGCUUCGCCGGCGCAACUCCUCGCCCGAUGUCCCCGAGGAUGUCGACUACAUCAUGAGCCACUUGAACGACCCUAACUGGGACCUUUCCCAGCCGCCAACCGCGAGCACCGAGACGUUCGCGGAUAAGGCCCAGACGUCAUCAUGGACGGACCACUCCUACCACGAAACCGAGACCGAGACUGCUUCGCAGCUUGGCUCGACGCGAGUGGGUACUUCGAAGUUUGACUUGCGCGAAGCGAAGGUAGAGGAGUACAACGAAGAGUCGCCCUACGCAGAAGUACGUGCGGCUGUCCCGAACACCGACGAUCCCUCAAUUCCGGUGAACACCUUCCGAGUAUGGUUUUUGGGUAUCAUCCUCUCUGUUCUCCUGUCCGGCUUGAACCACUUCUUCCUGGGUCGUUGGCCUUCGGUCGCCAUCAGUGCUCUCAUUGCUCAGUUGGUGGCGCUACCACUUGGCAAGGGUCUUGAAUGGUUGCUCCCUACGCGGCAGUUCAACACGCUCGGCUACGUCUGGUCGUUCAACCCCGGCCCCUUCAGCGUGAAGGAGCACGCGGUCAUCACCAUCAUGGCGAACGCGGUCUACACCGACGUGUACUCGACUUCGAUCUUCGCCGCGCAGCGCGUGUGGUACAACGAGCGCCCCGCCAUCGGCUACGAGCUCCUCAUCACGCUGUCGUCGCAGAUGAUCGGUUACGCAUGGGCUGGCAUUGCGCGCCAGCUCCUCGUCUGGCCCGCGAGCAUGAUCUGGCCGUCAGCACUCGUCAGCUGCGCGCUCCUGAACACCCUCAACCGCAACUGGGGCAAGGUCGAGACCAAGCACAUCUCUAGGGAGAGGUUCUUCCUCUACGUCGCCAUUGGCAGCACUUUCUACUACUUCCUCCCGGGCUUCCUCUUCACCGGCCUCAGCAUGUUCAGUUGGGUGUGCUGGAUCGCGCCCCAGAACCAGACGGUCAACACCCUGUUCGGCUACAACACGGGUCUUGGCCUUGGUUUCCUGACGUUCGACUGGUCGAUGAUCUCAUGGCUUGGAAGCCCCCUGGUUUCUCCCUGGUGGACUGAAGCCAACGUCUUCAUCGCUUUCGUCAUCAUUUACUGGAUCAUCGCCCCCAUCAUGUACUUCAAGAAUGUCCUCUUCGCGAAGUACUUCCCGAUCUCGACCUCCUCCGCGUUCGACAACAUGGGCAUGCCCUACGACAUCACCGCGGUCGUCGAUGAGAACGGUUUCUUCGAUGUGGAGAAGUACAAGGCAUACUCCCCGCUCUUCAUGCCCGUCAACUUGCAGCUCGCGUACGGCACCCAGUUCGCGAUGAUCACCGCCGUUGUUGUCCACACUUUCCUGUGGUACCGCCACGACAUUGUCCGCCAGUUCCGUCGGUCACUGCGGGAUGAGAAGGACGUGCACUCUCGCCUCAUGAUGUCAUACCCCGAAGUCCCUGCGUGGUGGUACGGCUCGCUGUUCCUUGUCGCCUUUGUCUUCGGUGUCGUCGCCAUCGAGGUCUACCCGACGCAGUUCCCGGUCUGGGCAUUCAUCCUCUCCCUGAUCAUCGGCUUCGUCUUCGUCAUCCCCGUCGGCAUCAUCCGCGCUAUCACGAACCAGCUGCCGGCGAUCAACGUGCUCGCUGAGCUUGUCGGCGGUUACGUCCUCCCCGGUCGCCCGCUCGGCGUCAUGGUCUUCAAAACCUUCGGCUUCGUCUCCAUGUACCAGUCGCUCUUCUUCUUGAACGACCUGAAGAUCGGCCACUACAUGAAGAUCCCGCCGCGCGUCAUGUUCAUGGCCCAGGUCGUCGCGUCGACGCUGGCGUGCUUCGUCUGCGUUGGCGUGCAGGAGUGGCAGUUUGCGAACAUCGAGGGCUACUGCACACCCACCCAGAAGGACGGCUUUGUCUGCAACGACAUCGAAACCUUCGCCACCGCGUCCAUCAUCUGGGGCGGCAUCGGUCCUCAGCGUCUCUUCUCCCACGGCGCGAUGUACAACUAUGUCCUGUACUUCUUCCUCAUCGGCGCGCUCCUCCCCAUCCCCUUCUACCUCCUCGCUGUGCGCUACCCGACCUCGUUCUGGCGCUACGUGAAUAUCCCCGUCUGCUUCGCCGGGCUCGCGCAGCUCCCGCCCGCGACCGGCAUCAGCUACUCGUCCUUCACGAUGGUCGGCGCGUUCUUCCAGUGGUUCGUGCGCCGCUACCACUUCCGCUGGUGGCUCCGCUUCAACUACAUCCUCUCCGCCGGGCUCGACAUCGGCGUCUCCAUGGGCAUGGUCCUCGUCUUCUUCUGCCUGCAGUACCCCAAGGGCGGCGUCGAGCUCAACUGGUGGGGCAACACCGUCUGGCAAAACACGUUCGACGCGAUGGGCAUGCCCGCCCUCUUCACGAACACGACCAUCGGCCCCCAGGUGUGGGCUUAGACGUCCCCGCCUCGGACCCGUCUCUGCGCCUGUAGCAUUAUCGGCGGCACACGGCUUGGGGGCAGAAGGCCCCCGCAGUGGCCCGCCGCGUCGUUGUAUUAUCCUUAUGUACUAUCGCACUGCCCAGCAUCACGCCCCUCUCCACGCAUUAUACUCGCUCACGAACUCUCCUACUCUUCACGUCUUCCACUUGUCUUCAUAGGGUCUCCGGGCGCCGUUCGCUCCUUUUCUUCACGCACGUACAGGUCAUACGCAUCCCC